AUAAUUUCCUGGGUCAUUCCUGUUGAUCUUAUUGUCUUCAGCCACACUUUUUGCCAGAUGGAACCACGUGAAAAACCCUACCCGACAUCAUCUAGGGUUUUUUUUUAUUUUGAGGGAAUCUUCGCUACUGGAGAUCCAUUGACACGUUUCCUACCGGGGACCUCUUUCCGAAUAGAGACCCUUUUUCCACCAUAGGGAUUCUUACGUCAUCGGUUUUAAAGCCUUCCUCGCCCAUUUUAAAUUAGUUAGUCAAUAAGCUUUCGCAUUAAGGGAGAUCUCCUAGUUUGGCUGGCUUAAAUUUUUGUUGUUAGUCGUUAGUAUAUGUA